CAAAUGGUGAAACGGCGAGCGGCCAACCGGCUUUCCUUCCAAAGAUAACACCAUAUGUGCCAACGGGAAACGUAUCCGUGGACGAAGACCAGGUUAUCACAACGUUUAUUGCCGAGACUCUCUUGCCAACACGGCAUGGCAAAUUUCGGUUGCGUGGCUACAAGCACUCUAUCGAUGGCGGAGUAACGUUCACAGAACCGACGGCCAUUAUUGCUGGACGGGUUGAAGGCCAAGAGAACGUACCGUUACGUGUGCACGACGCCUGCUUCACUUCGGAGGUACUGGGCUCUCUGAAGUGCGACUGUGCUGAGCAGCUGGAGCUAGCCCUUCAGACCGUCCAGAAGGACCCACCGGGACUGGUCAUUUACCUGCAACAGGAGGGCAGGGGCAUUGGACUGGCCAACAAAAUAGCGGCCUACUCGCUACAGGAGCAAGGCCUCGACACGGUGGACGCCAAUCGGGCUCUGGGCCUCCCGGAUGACUGCCGAGAGUACAGCUCAGUGCGCAACAUGCUGGCGGACCUGGGAAUCAAGAGCAUCAGACUCAUUACCAACAACCCACGAAAGAUCAACGUGCUGACCAAGUUGGGGAUCAACGUGACGGGCCGCAUACCGUGCCUUGUGGCGGCGGGGAAAUACAACCAGGGCUACCUGGAGGCCAAGCGGGACCGCAUGGCGCACAUGUUGGCGGGCGGGGAGAGCGAGGGAAGCGGAGCUGAUGAGCCGAUUGCGAUGGCUGGGGCGGGUGGCGGCUUGACGGAGGACGGCGAGCUGAACGGGGACUUUUGCUUUUGGGAUCAUGACGGCGAGCCCACGCAGGCCGUGACUACUGCCUACGCCAAGGGCGGCAUGGAUCUGCCUGCUGGUUUGGCUCACGGAGAUAACGGCCGAGUGGUGCCUGUGGGGGCAGCUGCGGCCACGGUGCCUGUGGGGUCCGCAAACGGGGACGGGACUGCGGUGGCGUUGCCGUACAUGGAUGGGCAGCGAUGCGGCGGCGGUGCCUGGCGGAGGUCUCAGUACCUGGCUCUGGCGGAGAGCCACUUCGGACCGGAGGGCCUGAGGACGUGUGUUCCGUUGGGGUGGUUGGAG